UUGUCAGUCUGUGAACUAUAACAGAAAGCACUUCAUUUGUGAUUUGAUUGGUAGGAAGAAGAGCAAUGUUGAGCCAUUGAUAAAUGAUGGAGAUUCAAUUCACAUGGACCUGCCAGAUAUUGUUGAUUCGAAAGACAAAAUAUGUGGAGACAAAACGUGCAACAACGACUCCACCUGUAUACAUACUCUCUUCAAUUUGAGUGUGUGCAUCGCAACAGAAUGUGCUGAACCUCUCCCGACGUUAAAGAACGGAGUUGUUGCCAGACAAACAUAUUCUCCAAUAUCGGCAACGUUUGCCUGCAGCCCUGGAUAUACAUCAGUAGGUACAAUUAACACCAUUUACUGCCGCCCGGGAGGGAAGUGGUCCUCGCUAUCCUACAACUGUCAGGCCCCGGUGGAUGGAGGAUGGGGUAGAUGGAGUGGAUGGGGAUUUUGUUCGAAAUCUUGUGAUGGUGGAACUAAACUCCGAACUCGCAGUUGCAGCAGUCCUGUCCCACGUUAUGGAGGACGUUACUGCAGUGGUCAAUCAGAAAAUAGUGUUCUCUGCAAUACCAACAGCUGUCCAAUUGAUGGAGGCUGGGGUAAUUGGGGAAGCUGGUCAUCAUGCACAAAAACCUGCAACACUGGCACCCAAAGCAGGGACAGAAGUUGUGACAACCCUUAUCCGAUGCAUGGAGGGGCGACCUGUAGUGGUCCUUCAAGGGCGUCUAGGGACUGUAACACUGACAAUUGUCCAGGAUGGCUUUUGGGGAGGAAAAAGAAAUAGUGAUGGUAUCGAAAAAUGUUUUCUUCCAUGAAAUGGUUGACAUUUUCCAUUCUACCAAACAGAAUAAAAAUGUCAUAUUCAGUAC